UCGUUCACCUCCUUCUUAUUCCAUAUCCACCUUCAGCUUCCUUCUGUUUCUUGUUGAUUUCCGAGACGAUGAGAAAUGUAGACGGUGACAGUACCUCCGGUGUCACCUUCCACUCGUGAAGAUGCCAUGCAAAUCUUCCGGGCCUUCAAAGGAAUAGGAUGUGAUGCGGGAGCGAUCGUGGAUAUUCUAGGUCACAGAGAUGCCACACAACGCCCCUCAUCGAACAAGAAUACGAAUCCAAUAUGCCAGGAACUUUGAAAACGAAUCCAUCGUGGAUAUUCAUACAGGUCUUCAGUGAAAGAAGUAGGGCACACCUUUGCGCUGUUAUUGACGUCUACAAAAGCCUGUUCAAGAAAACAUUGGAGAAGACCAUAAGAGAUGAAACUCACAGGAACUUUGAAUAUGCCCUUAAAACAAUUUUAAGAUGUGCCGAAAGUCAACCAAGGUUCUAUGCCAAGGCGUUGCGGAAGGCAAUGAAAGGUCUUGGAACUGAUGACACUGCACUAGGAAGGAUUGUGGUUACCAGAGCUGGGAUUGACAUGCAACACAUAAAGCUCGAGUAUCGUAGGAAGUAUGGCAAGACCUUGAAUGAUGCCGCCCAUUACGACACAUUAGGACACUACAGAGCUUUCUUGGUAGCCCUUUUAGGUCCCAAUAAUUAGGUCUAUCCUACUACUAGCCGGGAUACAUAUAAUGGGUAGGGACUCAAGCU